AUUCAAUUCUACAAUUCCUUUUUUAUCUCUCUCCAAACGAAGGUAAAGAUUACCUUGUUUGGUUCAUUAGACACUCUCUUAAUGGAACCCCCUUCUCUCUCUCUCUCUCUUCCUAUCCCACUCUCUUUCCUCUGUAACGCCCACCUCCCUCCUCUCCCUCCCCUCUCCAAUAUUCUGUAAAAAUUUCCAUAUUUCUUACCCCUUAUCUCUCCCUACCCCAUCCUCUUUCUCUCCUCUCUACCCCUCUCCCCUUUUCACCUCUCCCAUUCUAUCUAUCUCUUUCUCCUUCUCUCUCUCCUCUCCCUCUCUCAGAUGUGAACGUCCCUCGUCCUGACCUCUCUUUUCGGAUGUGUGCCGUGGUGACCCGAUCUCCCGAAGGACUGCCCCUGCUCAACCAGUUGGUGUGCAGUGUGGGUCGUUCAGACAGACCUCUUCGGCACGGCUCCUCUCCUCUUCAGUCUCUAGAGACCACUCUGCAGGACUGGGGCCUCUCUGACCCGGCCCAGUGCUCCAGCAUACACAGCCAGGUGAAGAACACUGCUGAAACCUGCCUCCGUGUCGCCAUGGAGAUGGAGGCGGGGCUGUCACCGGAGCAACGGGGGGGCCGGGCGGUGCAAACGGACAUGAUAGGAGUAGACAUGCUCCUCUCAUGCUCCGGUCAGGUGGUCACCCCGUUCUGUCUGGGUCUCAAGCCGUCUCGCUGCCUGGAGAGCUGCGGGCUCUUCCUGUCCGGGGGCGGGGCUCUGCUGCACACGCCCCUCAGCCGCUCCCAGCGCUACAUCAUGGAGGGGCGGAGCCUGCUGAUCAUCGGAGCGGGCGGAGUCAGCAAGACCUUCGUGUGGGAGUCGGCGAGAGACUUCGGGCUGAAGAUCCACCUCGUGGAGUCUGACCCCAGUCAUUUCGCGGCCAACCUGGUCGCCACCUUCAUCCACCUGGAUCUGACCGACCACAAGCGGGACUUGGAGAACUGCUCCCGGAUCUGCGAGGCCCUGUCCAAGCGCGGGAUCCGCCCUGACGGCUGCCUCUCUUUCUGGGAUGACUGUGUGGUGCUGGCGGCGCUGGUCUGUGAGCGACUGGGACUAAGGAGCAGCCCCCCCCAGGCCGUGCGGACCGCAAAACAGAAGAGCCAAACCCACCUCCACCUGCUGGAGGGGGCCCCUGAGGAACCCAGCCUGGCCGACUUCCUCCCACCCUCUUCCCUGGAACACAAAAUCACCAGCUCUCCUCCUCGCCCUCCCCUUCGCCUCUCAUCCCCAGAACCCACUCCUGGCUACUGUUACUCCUCUCCUCGCCUCUCCUCCCUGAUCCGAUCCGUGGAGCCCUCAAAAGGAUCCAUCACUGUCGUCGAUUCUCCUUCUGCUUCUCCUUCAGACAACAACAGCAUUUCCAACAUCUCCAACAACCGAGCGAACCUCGCCAAGCUGUCCCGCAAUCCCGUCCGGGAUCCCUCGUCGGAAAAAUCUGCACCCGGCGAUAGAAUUUCCGAUCUCUUCCCGGAUUCUCCUCUACUUUUACCUCUUCCUUCCCGCUCCGUUUGGGCCCCCUCCCCUCACAUCUACGCCGUGCCCUGCUACCACCUGGAGUCCCGUGCUGACGUGGAGAAGGCAGCCCGGCUCGUUUCUUUCCCAGCCGUCAUGAAGCUGGAGUACGGGGCCGGGGCGGUGGGAGUGAAGCGCGUCGACUCUGCGGAAGAAUGCCAAGCCCACUUUGAAAAGAUCUCCAGCGACCUCCGGGAAGAGACCGACUAUCCGGGCAUCGGGCUAGGCUGGGGCAAUGCCAUGACCCUGAUGGAGUACCUCUCGGGCACGGAGCAUGACGUCGAUCUGGUCCUCUUCGACGGGCAGAAAGUGGCCGCCUUCAUCUCCGACAACGGCCCCACUAGAGUCCCCGGCUUCACCGAGACGGCCGCCGCCAUGCCCAGCUACCUCCGCCCUGACAAGCGGGCUCAGCUGGUCGAAGCCGCCCUCCGCUGUUGCCUGGGCUGCGGUCUGACAGACGGCGUCUUCAACGUGGAGAUGAAGAUGACCCCCACGGGACCCAGGCUCAUCGAGAUCAACGCCAGGAUGGGCGGCUUUUACCUCCGCGACUGGAUCCGGGCAGUCUACGGGGCUGACCUCCUCUUCGCCGCUUUCGCGGUGGCUUGCGGGCUCCGCCCCAGGAUCCCCGAAGCCUCCCCGCCACUGUGUCAUCUGAUCGGGGUCAUGUGUAUCGUCUCCCAGCAUCUCCGUGCCCUGAGGACCACCGCCAGCUCGGAGGUGCUGCGUCUCCUGCACUCCCAAGGGGUGAUCCGUCUCAACCAGCUGGACGACGAGCUGAUCUCGAGCGAGUACGAGGAGCCCUACUGCAACGUGGCCUGUCAGAGCCAGGAUAGAGACGCCGCGAGGCUCCAGCUGCUCAGCAUCUGCCAGAUCCUGGGGAUCGAUUCUCCCGAUUAUCCCGUGUCUUAUUUCUUGUCGGAUUUUAAAUAGUUAGAAGCCGGGGGAAGGGUUGGGGUUUUGUCUUUUGGAUAGUCACAGCUUGAAGUAUUUCAUGCUUUUUUAAAUCAUAGCAGAAAAUGGGGGGGGGGGAGUAAGCUCCUGCCUCCCCCCGCUCCUCCAGCCCCAGCCCCAGCCCCAUCCCCAUCCCCAGCCAGUCCUGGGUUUCGGAAAAGGGAGUUUGGGAUUUUUGGGAAAUUUUUCCAUCAUUUUAGCUAUGCAAAAACUGCUCAUAAAAGGUAACCCGUACACAGUCAGAUUCUUGUUAAGAGUGGUGAAAAGGAGAUACAUAUAUAUGGAAACCCAGGACUGGAUGCAGAGGUUGUUCUAAGUUUCAAGUCCUUUAAUUUUUGGAUUUUUAAUCCAAAAAUAAAUUCUUUCUUAUAGACAUACAUAUUAAAAAGUUGAUCAUUAGAAAAAAACAGAAGUUUAUUAAAUGGAUUAUGUAAAUUUUACAGAAAUAUGUUUUAACUUUAGUGAGAAUACAACAGUACAAACCCAAAAAGCCAUUAUUUCCUGCAAAAGUUUAUCAUUGAAAUAUGUAUGGAAGAUUAUUAAAUGCAUGAUAUGCAUUUUACAGAAGUAUUUUGAAAUUUGUUUAUAGAGUACAUCAUUUUUAACCCUAAAAGCCAUUCUUUCUUGUAAAAUGUUAUCAUUGAAAUAUAUGGCAGUUUUAAAUGGAUUAUGUGCAUUUUACAGAACUAUUUGUAACCUGAUUAAGAGUACAACAUUAUAAACCCUAACAGCUGUUAUUUCUUAAUAAAAAAUAGAUAUCUUUGA